CGGGCGGGCGGGCGGCGCCAUGGUGCUGCUGGGCAGGCUGCUGCUGCCGGCGUGCAUUCCGUUGAGCGGGGCGCAGAAGUGCAGCUCAUCGACCGGCUUAGAGGGCCCCGCGCGCACGCGCUCCUACUGGCGGUACCUGAGGCGCCUUGUAUGGGGCGCGCCGCAGCCGCCGUACACAAGCGUGUGCCAGGUCGGGGACCCGGUGCUGCGCACCGUGGCGGCCCCGGUGGAACCCGAGCAGCUGGCGGGGCCGGAGCUGCAGCGGCUUGUGGGGCGGAUGGUGCAGGUAAUGCGACGGCGCGGCUGUGUGGGCCUUAGUGCGCCGCAGCUGGGGGUGCCGCUGCAAGUGCUGGCGCUCGAGUUCCCGGACAAGCUCUUCCGUGCCUUCUCACCGCGCCUGCGCGAGCUGCGUCAGAUGGAACCCUUCCCACUUCGGGUGCUGGUAAACCCCAGCUUGAGGGUGCUGGACAGCCGCUUGGUCACCUUCCCCGAGGGCUGUGAGAGUGUCGCUGGCUUUCUGGCGUGUGUGCCUCGCUUCCAGGCCGUGCAGAUCUCAGGACUGGACCCAAAAGGAGAACCAGUGGUGUGGUCAGCAAGUGGCUGGACAGCUCGAAUCAUCCAGCAUGAGAUGGAUCAUUUGCAGGGCUGCUUGUUCAUCGACAAAAUGGACAGUGGGACAUUUACCAAUCUUCACUGGAUGGAGGUGAAUGACUGAAGCUCUCGUUGAAUUGAGGACCUAGAAAACCAGCAUGCAGGCUAAGAUUGUCACAUCUUGUGCUUCAACUUGGAAUUGGUUCCAAUCUGACAGUAAGCAGUGGACUGCUGGUGUGUGCUGUACUGAGAUGAAGAUGAUAGAAAUGCUUGCCCUGAAAUCAGAUCUGACAGAGUACGAUUACAGCAUGAGUACAAAUAUACCCUUAAAGAAGGA